AUGUCAUACAUAGAUCAUAAAAAUAUUGAAGUCACCGACUUUGCCUACCCAUCCAGCGUGUACAGGGCAAGGUAUGAACAACCCGGUUCUGUCUCUGAUGCCGGAUCUAGCUCUGAUCCAACUUAUCGUCUUACUUUCGGCGAAAAAGGCGGAGAGUCUAAAAUGUUGUCCCAAGCGGCUCUUUGCACAUUGUCCGUAUUACAAACAGUUUCCCGCUUGCUAGUUCCCCAAGAGCUUGAUCAAGCUCCAAACAGAGGGUCAAUGACCAACUUCAAUGGGUUUCAAACGAGACGUAAUGUUGUGGAAUGGAAAAACCUCUUGACAGAUUUUAGCAACAUCAACAAUGGAGAAUUGACUGUUUUUUCAUCCACAAGCCCAAUUAUUCCGUCAGCCCAAUAUUCGUUGAGAGCAUACGAAGUGGAUGAAGAACUUUCCACUAACAUUCUUAAUCAUCUUGAGGGAAUAUUCAAAAAACCUAAUAAAUGGAUAUUGGACCCCGAUUCACUUGCCCAAGGACGUGAAGAAGAGUUUACAUAUACAUCGAUUUGGGAUGAUCUCGGAGAUGAUGACAAGGAUUUGUUGAAUUACGGAAAACAGGUGGUGUGUGAAGCUAUUAAUCUCACUAGGCAAUUGUUAGAUCCGACAAUGAUACAAAACUUGAUGGAAAGAUCUGCGGGUGAAGGAGGAGAAAUGAACUCUUUGCUCAAUGAAGUGCAUGGGAUAACGGACCACGUCGGUACGCUCCUUGGAUACGUUACCCAUUUGGUGGGAUUUGAGAGAGGUUUGUUGAAGGAGCAUGAUACUGCAAAAGAAGAAUUGCGUUCGUGGGGUGAAUGUAAUCGGCCUUCACAAAAAUGGAGGGAUGGGACCAUAAAAUAUAUCGAUCAGCUUGAAGCCAAUAUAGAGAAGCUGAGUGUACAGAGGAGUAACUCGCAAUAUGGUCUGAAUCAGUGA